AUGGAGAGAAUUUGUGGAACGUUACAGAUAGAUGCUGUAGACGGCAGACACACAGGACAGUAUGUGUGUGUGGCAGUCAACCCCAUGUUAUCUCAGCAGCCAGAGAGAAGUCUGCCGGCUACUCUGGUGGUGGAGGCAACCCCCACUCCCACCAAUGAAACGGCAGCUCCAGCCGUGAUCCUGGCCGGUCCCACUAACACCACGGUGGCGGAGGGCACCCCAGCAGUUCUGAACUGUUCAGCAGCAGGGACAGGCCCUCUGGAGCUGCAGUGGUUUAGGGAUGGACUGCUGGUCAGCAACGAUACGUCUAUACAGAGAUUUAUCCUACCCGAUGGUAGCCUGAUGUUCACCAGUGUGCAGACAUCAGAUGCAGGCAGUUAUUACUGCACAGUACAGAAUCUUUAUGGCAAUGUGACAAGUGAUACAGCCGAGCUGUCUAUUGCUUACCUAGACUUGACCUUCCAGCAGCACCCCUCCAGCCUGACCGCCAUCGAGCUGACCCCCGUGACCGUGACCUGCCGACCCCCCUCCAGCCACCCCCCCGCCGUCAUCACCUGGUACCAUGACAACCGCCUGGUCACCAUGGAUACCAGGGUCAUCGUCAUGGCGACCGGUGACCUGAGGUUUACCUACGUGUUGGAGACAGACGCAGGAGAGUAUUUCUGUUCUGCACAGAACACAGUCAUCGGACGGUCGGUGGUGUCACACAGAGCACAGCUCACGGUGACAGUUCCCCCGAUGUUUGACCUCCACCCUGCUGACACGAGUGCUAACCUGUACGACACGGCCCAGCUCACCUGCCGUGCUCAGGGCUCACCUGUUCCUGCCAUUACAUGGUACAAGGACUCUGUGCAACUAGCUGCCAGUGACAGGAUCUCCUUUAGGUAA